AUGCUCAGCUUGUCACUUGCGCCUGGUGCCAAAGUCAAGCUUCUUGGAAUUAUACCAGCUUUCAGGACUGUCAAUAGAUUUUAUCCUCCACGUUUUGGGAUUGGAUUCAAAAGCAGGUUGCAUUCAAGUGCAACGAUGAAUAAGAAAAAAGAAGACAUCAAACAAGAAGUUCAACAGAUGAUAGAUGAAUAUUCAACAUGUUCACAUAUUGCAAGGAUUUGGAGGCAGGCUGAAAUACAAAAGGUUGAGUUCGUCAUAGAAGUUGAGGCAGGGUUGCUAAAAGAGGUUGCCGUGGAAUAUGCCAAAAGCUAUGGAGCUACACACGUGAUCCUUCCAAGGGACCUCAAGAAAAAUAAGAAAUAUUUCAUGGACAACCUAUCUUGUGCAAUAUAUAGGAUGAAAACUGAUAGUAGCGUUGAGACUGUGAGAGGAGUCGAGGCUGCUGAAGUUAGUGUAUUGUCCUCAGGCAGACAUUUCAACACAGAAACUUGCGAACAACGAGAAGAGAUAUUUGAAAAUUCUGUUUGUUCAGUGUGCAUGAACAGAAGGCCAAGGAUUGGUGGAGAAACAAGAGACUUCGCUUUUGCUGAGUUGCAUUUGGCAACAAAUGGAUUUUCCGAGAAAAAUUUGUUACCUAUUCGAGGGAAGCAAAUCUAUAGAGGUCAAUUAAAUGAUCUACAGCUAAUUACGAUAAGAGAACACCCUUUGAAAACCAUUAAAGAAAAGGAUUUUAAGACAGGGGUUCAGAUCCUUGGGAAAUUCAGACACGAAAACGUGGCCAUGCUCUUAGGAUCAUUUGCAAAAGGAACGCAUAGGUUGCUAAUCUAUGAAUUUGUCUGCAAUGGAUCUCUGAGCAAACAUCUAUCUGACAAAAGAAGGGAAUUCACGUGGGAAAGAAGAAUAAAAAUAGCUCAUGGAGCAGCUAAAGGUUUGGAAUAUUUACAUGGAAAACAGAUUUAUGGAAGUGUGAGGCCAAGUAACAUCCUCAUUACACAUGAUUACCAUCCACUGCUGUCGUAUUUUGGGCUUGCUAGAAGUCGAUACGAAGAUAUAGAUCAGUCUUCAGAAACACGGGUGCUAAAGACUUUUGAAUACUUGCCCCCAGAAUAUGAAGGAACUGGCAUAGACUUGAGCAAAGCAGAUGUAUAUUCCUUUGGGGUUGUCCUUCUCGAGCUAAUCACUGGUCGAAAGACGAUUGAAGAUACAGACGGCCAAAGCUUCUUGAGAUGGGCAAGACCAUCCCUUAGACAGAAGAAGUACAUGGAAUUGAUUGAUCCCCUAGUCCAGGAUAGUGUUGAUCUUUACCAGCUAUACUGGAUGGUUCGUGUUACAGAUAAAUGCCUUAGCUGGGAUCCCAAUAGUCGACCAUCGAUAAAUAAGCUGGUGAAGGACCUGGAAUGCAUAGUUAACCAUUGUGGCGCUGAAGACUUCCCUCCUACUGAAUCUGAACUAAUGGCUGCAACAGUUAGGUAG